ACUGUGCAACUUAGUCAUCACUUUCGUCAUAUCGCUUUGGCACUGCUUCUUGCUGGAAGCCGACAACAACCCGCAGCCCCGAAUCUGCGCCGGCUGUGACUGAGACGAACGCCCACAAGGACCUUUGUCAUUGGCAAGAGGGCAAGUCGAAGCGUGUAACAGCCGCCACCCUCAAGCAACUUUACAUACCACUCCAUCCAAUCUCGGAGUAUGUUGUCCUGUCCUUCGCCCCAGCAGGCGACCCAAUAAGGGUAUUUGACGCACUGGGCAUCUCAUCUUCGAGAUCCCCCGGAGAACGGCGAAAGGACGGCAUGCAUCAAGCUGCUGCCGCGUUAUGCAUACGCCCUUACUGUGCUGCGCCCACAGCUCAGUUCCAAAUUGGGCUCCGCCCUUCUAGAGCGAGAAGUCUAUCCAGAAUAAAGCUUUGCUGCUGGGAAACGGAUCCCAAAAGGCGGGAUUGCGACUCUACGCUCGGCAGCAGCCCCCCGGCUUGCCACACCCCUCCCCUCCCUCCUCGGUCUUGGGCGACGUCGACACAUUCAGAGACUGCUUUGUGGUUCUAGCGACAGCCACGACUUGCACCUUCUGCAUGCUGGAUGGAUUGGUUAACUCAGUAAGCUAUGGAUGAGGCUGUAGAGAAGAAUUUAAAACCG